UUUAGCAAAUGACAAGACGUCUAUAGUUUUCGCAUCUCAAUUAACCUACCACGCACAGUCCCUCUCUCGCUCGCCACCAAUGGGAGACCAAAACGACGCCGUUGCUCUCAAGCACCCAUUCUCCGACCGGGUCCCAAUCCGAUCCAUCGUCUCCCGCCCAGACGGCGGAGCCGGUCUAAAAGGGCAACGAGUUCGGGUCGGCGGUUUGGUAAGAACGGGCAGAGAGCAAGGGAAAGGAGCAUUUGCAUUCUUGGAGCUAAACGACGGGUCGUGUCUAGCGAACCUUCAGGUUAUGAUAGGUAAGGAAGUGGCGGAUUUGAGCCCGCUGGUGCAUACCGGGGCGUGUGUGGCGGUGGAAGGAAUACUGACGGAGCCACCUGAAGGAACUAGACAGAGGAUUGAGCUUCGGGCUGAUAAACUGAUUCAUGUUGGACCGGUCGACCCGGCUAAGUAUCCGAUUCCUAAAACUAAGCUCACUCUUGAGUUUUUGAGAGACCAUCUCCAUCUUAGAGCCAGAACUAACACGAUUUCUGCUAUUGCUCGAAUUCGUAAUGCACUUGCUUUUUCCACGCAUUCGUUUUUUCAAGAAUAUGGUUUCCUUUAUGUCCACACUGGUAUUAUCACUUCAAGUGACUGUGAAGGUGCCGGUGAAAUGUUUCAAGUUACUACCCUGCUUAGUGAAAUUGAAAGGAUAGAGAAGGACUUGAUUCAGAAUCCUCCUCCAUCAGAUGCUGAUAUUGAAGAAGCUAAGUGUGUUGCCAAUGAGAAAGGGGGCGUUGUAACUGAACUGAAAUCUGCAAAGAAAAGGAAGGAGGAGGUAUCUGAUGAGGUUUUUAAUGGCGCGGUAGCUGAUUUGAAACUAGCAAAAGCAAAUGUUACAAAGCUUGAGGAAAGAGCUAAAAUUAAACCUGGCCUGCCUAAAAAAGACGGGAAGGUUGAUUAUGGUCUUGAUUUCUUUGCCCGCCAAGCAUUUUUGACUGUCUCUGGCCAAUUACAAGUUGAGACAUAUGCCUGUGCUGUUGGCAAUGUCUAUACAUUUGGGCCAACUUUUCGAGCUGAGAAUUCUCACACUUCGAGGCAUUUGGCAGAAUUUUGGAUGGUGGAGCCUGAAUUAACAUUUGCAGAUCUUCAGGAUGAUAUGAACUGUGCAGAAGCAUAUGUUAAAUACAUGUGCAAGUGGUUACUCGAUAAGUGUCUUGAUGAUAUGGAACUUAUGGCUAAAUUAUACGAUAAAGGCUGCAUUGAUCGGCUGAAAAUGGUUGCUUCAACUCCUUUCGAACGCGUUUCCUACACAGAAGCAGUGGACUUGUUGAUAGAGGCUGUAAAAGGUGGUCACGAGUUUGUUAACAGUGUGGAAUGGGGAAUAGAUCUGGCAUCGGAACACGAGAGAUACUUGACAGAGGUUUUAUUUAAGAAGCCUGUCAUUGUCUACAAUUAUCCAAAGGGGAUCAAAGCAUUUUACAUGAGACUCAAUGAUGAUUCAAAGACAGUAGCUGCCAUGGAUGUCCUUGUCCCAAAGGUGGGAGAGUUAAUUGGCGGAAGUCAGAGAGAGGAACGCUUGGAGGUUAUUGAGCAGAGAAUUGCUGAGAUGGGUCUGCCUCUUGAGGCAUAUGACUGGUACCUUGACCUACGACGUUUUGGGACUGUAAAGCACUGUGGAUUUGGUUUAGGAUUUGAACGGAUGAUUCUUUUUGCCACCGGCAUUGACAAUAUUAGAGAUGUCAUCCCCUUCCCUAGAUACCCGGGAAGAGCUGAUCUUUGACAUUUGUGUUGGUAAUUUGCUUUACAGAAUUAUAACACAGAAUUUUUUUUCAUCCAAGUACCUUUUUUUUUAGUAAGUUUUUUAAUUUAAAGAUGAUGACUUGUUUAUCAUACUUUAUUUCUAUGUAAAUCAAUUUCGGGUAUUGAAAGGUUUGUGCCAGUUAUUGUGA